AUGAAAUUGCUCUGUCUUUUGAUGGUUGCUGCUGGCUUGGCCUCAGCAAAGAACAUUAUGCCCUUAAAGCUUGACUUUGAAGUCCACAGAGGUGAUGACUCCCUGACUAUGGCCAGAAACGCACAGCCAUACAUCAUGAAGAGAUCCAGCGUUGAGAUGGUUCUCGGAAAUGCUGCCACGUUCUAUUUGACGACGUUGGUAGUGGGCUCUAAUGAAAACGAAGUCACCGUUCUUGUCGACACUGGGUCUUCGGAUCUUUGGCUCAUGUCUCACGAUGUUGACUGUGUUUCCGUGUCAACUACCAAGAAGAGAGAAUACAAGAGGAGAAGUAAUCCGAUCAUGAACAAGAACGUGGCACCAACUGUGAACGAAAUCAGAGACACCACCCCUUCGAAGGUCGAAAACAAGUGGUUGUUUGGUUCUGAUAUCACCAUCACUAUUGGUGGCGGAGGCGGCGGAAGCGGUGGUGGUCAAAGCAAUGGUGGUAGCUAUGCCACUGCAGACGGAGCUGAAACCAAUACCUGCACCCUGUACGGUUCAUUUGCUACUGAAUCGUCCACAUCAUUCAACACAAACAGCUCUGCAGAUCUGUUCUCCAUUGAGUAUGCCGAUGGUACCAGUGCCCUGGGUACCUGGGGUUACGAUACCGUCGUUGUCGGAUCUGCUUCGCUCUCUUCGCUUUCCUUCGCCAUUGCCAACUACACCUCAUCCAACAUCGGUGUCUUGGGGAUCGGUUUGCCAGGCUUGGAAACUACAUACUCCAGUGGUAGCAGUAAUUCCUACAUGUACGAAAACUUGCCAAUGAAGUUGAAAUCGGAAGGGUUCAUAAAUAAAAACGUCUAUUCACUCUACUUAAACUCGGCUUCAGCAUCUGAGGGUUCAGUUUUGUUUGGUGCUGUCGACCACGCCAAGUACCUGGGCACAUUAGAGACCGUACAAAUCAUUAACUCUUACAAAAGUUCGGGGUACGCAGAUCCUGUUAGAUUGGAGGUAUUGCUCAGUAGUAUCUCAUUUAACGGCUCCGGCUCAGCGGUUACCAUUUCUGAUAACAGUUACACAGCUAUUUUGGAUUCAGGAUCCACAUUGUCAUACAUGCCUACUACUCUUUUCGAAAAACUUGGAGAAAUGCUUGGGGGUACUUACUCAAGUGCAUAUGGAACUUAUAUCGUACCUUGUACUUCGGAUACAGAUUACACCAUUACGUUGAAUUUUAGUGGUGCCACCAUUUCCUUCCCAUAUUCUUCAAUUUUACUUAACUAUAGAGGAACACAAUGUCAAUUAGGAGUCUUGGAGCAAUCAUCGGACUACGUCUUGUUUGGAGACAACAUCUUAAGACAUGGGUACAUAGUGUACGAUCUUGACGAUUACACUGUUUCAUUCGCACAAGUUAACUACACUGACGAAGAAGAUAUUGAAAUCGUCACCUCCACAAUUCCCGGAGCAGUUGAGGCAUCUGGCUAUUCUUCUACAUCCUACGACUCUUCUGUCACUGAAGCCAGUGCUGCCACAACUAUUACAUACAGUACUGGUACAUUGACCGCGACCACCGCCUACAUUGGGACUGCCGUCAGUGUUGAUAGCAGUGCCACUGGUGGUUCCAGUAACGGUACCAGUUCCUCAGGCUCAAGUUCAAGCUCAAAUUCGGGCUCGAGUGAUUCAAAGUCAUCGGGAGCAAGUAGACUUCUCGAGAACUUGACCUCUAUCACCGUGGUAGGUGUCGCUAUAGCACUCACCCUUUGCUAUUUUUAA